GGCGCGACGCGCGUCUCCAGUGCCGCGGCCGCGCCGGUCAGGUUCGCACGGCGGGGACCAAGCAGCAGCACGCCGGUCCACGACCAGCCCGGGAGGAUGAACCUCCGUCUCGUGCUCGCGGCGUGCGUACUCGCCGCCGGCACGCGCGCCCAGUCGGGACCCUUCGACGUCACGACGAUCAUCAGGCUCAAGCGGGCAUGGAGCGAUGAUGGGCCGACGGACUGGGGGUCCAAGAUCCGCGAGAUGUGGCCAUGGAAGAGUAAAGGCACGCAGCAGGAGUUCACCACGAAGGGCGACGUGGAGGUGCACGCGAGGACCAACGCCCUGGGCUUCCCGCUGCGCAUCGGCGGCCAGGUCGUAGCGGCCGAGGUUGAGGAUCAGGUCCCCGAGUGCGCGGCGUACAACCCGUGCGACGGCUGGGACACCGACGCCUGGCUGCUGGAGGCGUCCUCGGUCACCGCGCCGCCUAUACAGCCGCAGCGCCUAGAUGGCGACGCGGUCGGCAUCGGCGAGACGGUAAAGGUGCGGCUGACGACACGGAAGAACGAGGCGGGCGGCCUGACGUUCGGGCUGUGCAGCGACGAGGCGUGCGCCACCAUGCUCAUGAAGGGCAUCAACGACAAGUACGAGAUGGCGUACGACGUGGGCAUCCUGAGGACCAACACGCUGUUCUACAACCGGCGCGCCGAGUGGCAGGCGAGCGGGGGGCCCCCCAACGCCUCUUUCGCCGAGGGCACGGUGCAUGACUUCGUGGGCACGCGCGUCAGCCCGUACUCGCUGCAGGUCUGGCACGCCAAGAACAAGACGGCGGCCAUCCAGGUGCCGCUGGAGCCCGACCGACUGCGGCUGCGCAUGUUCUCUGGACUGGGGCCGACGGCCUACCUCAAACCCGAGGACAACAGCCGGAUCGACGGGGACGUGAUCGCCGUCGGGGAGCGCGUCCGCGUCCACCUCACCAACUACGACCGCGUCGAGAUCAGCUUCGCCAUCUGCUCGCCCUCGGCGUGCAGCGUGGUGCGCGUGCGCGGCGUGUCCAAGGACAAGCGCCUCGACUACCAGACGUGGAUCACCGGCGACGGCGAGAUCUCGCAGCGUGGCAGUCCCACCCUGGACUCGCGCUGCAUCAGCUGCGGCUCCCGCGCCGGCGUCGCGAAGGGCGGCACCAACCUGUUCGUCGUGCAGCGCCGCUCCGACAGCGAGAUGGCCGUGUGGCUGGAGGACAACCCCCGGGACGUGGUGACCGUGCCGCUCCUGGACGCCGCGCAGGACCGCCUGCGCCUCGAGACCUUCUUCAGCGUCGCCACCUUCAUCAGGGACGCCGUGUGGUCCAGCCGCGGCCCUGGCUCGGCCCUCGUCAGCCCGCCGGUGGGCGGCGUCUCGGACGUCGUGUGCGUCUCGCUGGUGUACCUGGCCACGGACAAGCUGGCCGGCAUCCGCCUGGCCGCCAGGGCCGCCAACGGCACCGACUUCCCGCUCGCCCGGGUCCGGCCCGACCAGGCCAACGCGUGGCGCUUCAACCGCACCGUCGUCGACCUGCCCCGCGCCCUGCGCCGCUCCGACUGGCGGCUCGUCGUGGAGGCCGACCUGCCCGUCGAGGGAGCUCGCGUCCUCGUGCAGCGAGUGGGCGGCUGCAACCACCUGGACGACGAGGACGUGAUGCUUGUCGGCGAGACCUCGCUCCCCGCCUACGUCCCGGGCUACAACGUCUCCUGGGGAGCCGCCCGACAGCGACGGGCCCCCCCCGCAAAAUGGUGCGCGAACGGCGGCGUGAAGGACGACUUCGGGACGUGCGUGUGUCCCCCCGGCUUCAGGGGCCCCGUGUGUGCCGAGGGCUGCGGCCCCAACCGCUACGGCAUGGACUGCGGCGGCCGCUGCUCGGAGCUCGGCGAGGGGUGUCGCGGGAUGCUGUUCUGCGCGCCGGGCCUUCCCUGCGCCUGCGCGCCGGGCUUCAAGGGCGAGACGUGCGACCAAGAGUGCGACGUCGGCGAGUACGGGUCCAACUGCGCCCAGACCUGCCAGUACUGCAAGGACGGCGCCUGCGACCGCUUCACUGGCCAGUGCAGCCAGGACCGCAAGCUGCUCUUCGGCAACGAGUGUGGGCGUCCGCCGAGCACGGAGGCGCUGACGGUCAACGGCAUGGUGGCCACGGUGGACAGCUUCCCGUGGCACGGCGCCGUGUACAUGCGACAUGCCUCCGCCAAGCAGUACAAGUUCGUGUGCGGCGCCGCGCUCGUCACCCCCAGCGUCCUCAUCUCAGCCGCCCACUGCUUUUACGACAACAACCUCAACAAGCUGCUGCCCGCCGAGCGCUACGCCGUCGCCCUGGGCAAGAUCCGCAGCGGCUGGGACGCCAAGGAGACCGGGCGCGUGCACAAGAGCAAGGUGUCGGCCGUCUACAUCCCGGACGCGUACCGCGGCACCGUCAGCAACUACGUCGGCGACAUCGCCGUCGUGGAGCUGCAGGACCCGGUGCCGCCGGGGCCCAACGUGGCCACCGUGUGCGUGGACCCGGGGCUGACGCUGGUCCAGGACGAGCAGCUGCGCGUGGCCGGCUGGGGCGACGACUCGCCCAGCGCGCUCGACCUCCUCGAGUACGUCAACAUGCCCUACCUGCCCACCAAGACGUGCUACCGCCGCGCCUCGGACCAGCUCAUCAAGUACGUCACGGCCGACAAGUUCUGCUCCAUCAUCGAGAGCGAGGCGGACCAACACCUGGCCAGGGGGGACAGCGGGGGCGGCGCCGUGGUCGAGAGGGACGGGAUCUGGUACCUGCAGGGGGUGGUGUCCCUGCGGCAGGGCACCAACGACUACACCUUUACCAACGUCACCUUCUCCGACCACCUGCAGUGGAUGAGGGACGUGCUCAAACUGGACGGCGCCGAGCCAAAGUGAUCUUUUUUUAUUUGGUUCGGAAGCUGUGCGCGACACAGGCGUGGCAACUACUCCUCCACCGCGGCGUAGUCCUGCUCCAGGGCGGCCAGGUCGUCGCGGGCGUCCUGGAACUCGCCCUCCUCCAUCCCCUCCCCGACGUACCUGCGGAGGGGGGCAUCUCCAUAAAGCCUACAUGUUGUUGUUUGUUAUUUUUUUGUAAAUAAAAGUAAACUGGCA